AUGGGCCAUGAACCCUUCCCUGCCAUUAAGAAAGUAAAAAAUUUUGCUCCUCUACUUGAAGUUGCCUGUUCUGAAGACAGUGUCCUCAUACUUCUUUCCACACUCACUGCUGGCUCCAUCCUUGUGAUCACAGUGAUUGUCAUAGCCAUCUCCUACAUCUACAUCCUCAUCACCAUCCUGAAGAUGCGCUCCACAGAGGGCCGCCACAAGGCCUUCUCCACCUGCACCUCCCACCUCACUGCGGUCACUCUGUUUUAUGGGACAGUUUUGUUUAUUUAUGUGAUGCCCAAAUCCAGCUUUUCCACUGACCAGAACAAGGUGAUAUCUGUGUUCUACAUGGUGGUCAUCCCCAUGUUGAACCCCCUCAUCUACAGCCUCAGGAAUAAUGAGGUCAAAGGGGCUUUGAGGAGAGAACUUGGGAGGAAAAUAUUUUGUUAG